AUGGCGACGCUGGUGCAGCCGCCCGUGCUGCACGCCCGCGCCGUGAGCGGCGGCGGCGGCGGCGGAGGGAACAAGGACAAGGUGGCGCAGCGGCCGUGGUGGGGCGGGAACAAGCCCGUCUCGCCGCGCCAGCCGCGGCAGUCGGGCGGGAGCGGGGCGCGAGGAGGCGCGGGCACCGGCGGCGCGCUGGACCAGGUGCUGGGCGUGCUCCGCCGCGACGGCGAGUUCCUCCAGGCCGCCGCCGGCGCCCGCUCCGCGACGUCUUCUGGCUUCGCUUCCUCGAGAAGAAGCAGCGGAAGCAGCAGCAGGCGAGACCUAAGCCCAAGCCUCUGCGACAGAAGCAGCAGGAGGAGGUGGUAG